GACAAAGAGGCCAAAGCCUUUACCUUGGAUUUUGCAACAUUGUUAGCAGCCCGAGAGUCUUUUGUUUUGGAAGAACUCCCCCAUUAAUUACAGGCCAUAGCUUACUGUGCUGUCAUUUUAGUACAAAGUGCAUGUGAAAGAUGGAGGAAAGUGAUGAAGGAUUGUGGACUGUGGAGUGCUUGAGGGGAAGGCUUCUUGCUGAGAGGCAAGCUUCAAACACUGCAAAACAAGAUGCUGAACUUAUGGGAAAUAAGCUAAUGGAGCUUGAGAUAGAAUUGAAAGAAGAGAUCAAACUAAGGAACAAAGCUGAGAGAAGGCUCAAAUUGCUGAGGAAGAAGCUUGAAUCCCUCAAAUUAUUGCCUACUUUGAAAGAAUUAGAGCACCGUGCAGUUUCUUGUGCUUCAUCCACAAGCAGUUCGAGCACCAAAAACCCAGAAAAAACAGCUUCCAUGUCUCAAAAGGCAUCAGACACCACUGCAUCUAUAAAAAGCUUUGAAAUUUCUUUCAGCAAAGAAAAUUCCAAUUCUUCAGGGACUACUAAAUCUGAUACAAAAGACUCUUCACAUGAGAAUUCCAGUGUUAAACCAAGUUCAGGCCAUGAAGUUCCAAAGGUUAAUGACACAAGAGUGGAGAUCGAUAAUGAAGAAAAUGAGAAUUUUGAGGAUGGUGGUGGUGAUGAUUAUGUUGAUAACUCGUUGGCAUUGGUCCCGCUCUUCCUACCAGAAACCAAGUUGGCCCCGGAGAUGAAGAUAGUCAGCAAACGUAUAGGGGAAGUUCUUGAAACUCUAAGGCAUGCCAAGGAAAGAAUUCAAAGCUCAAUGGAAAGAAGACAAAUGAUUAGAGUAGGGCCAUCUUGAAUUCAUACAAGGUAAACAGUAAUUAUUGUCGCAUUAAGAUAAAAUAAAACACAGUGACAGAUGUUCUUGCAUUGAAAC